CCUCAGGGGCUGGAUCGGGAGGUGCUCUUGGGACUAGGAAGAGCCUUCCUGAGUGGGCUGAUGGGAAGCCAGAAGUCUUUGAGCUGAGAUCCCUCUGCCUUCCACAUGCCCCCUCUGUGCUUGCAGAUCCCAGGAUUGAGAGAGAAUGGCUCCUGGGAGCAGCAGAUCCCCAGCCGAGGAGUCAGUGACAUUCAAGGAUGUGGCUGUGGACUUCACCCAGGAGGAGUGGGGGCUCUUGGACCCCCCUCAGAAGGAGCUGUACAAGGAGGUCAUGCUGGAGAAUGCCUGGAACCUGCUCUCCCUGGGGCUUCCCGUUCCCAGAGAAGAUGUGAUCUCUUAUUUUGAGCAAAGGGAAGCACCGUGGAUGCUGGAGCAAGAAGGCCUGAGGUGCUGCUGUGCAGGAGAGAUCAGACUUGAAAUGAAAGAGAUUCCUGCAGAGAUAGGUCUUUCUGUGAAAGAAACUCACCAGCAAAGAUGCAUAAAUAUUGAUCUCUCUCACUUUGACAGGAGAGAAAUCUGUGCUGUAACACAUCAGAGAAUUCACACUGGGGAGAAACCUCUUGAUUGUAAUCAAUGUGGAAAGACUUUCACAUCCAAUUCAACUCUUCUUAACCAUCAGAGAAUACACACUGGAGAAAAACCUCUUGAAUGUAAUCAAUGUGGAAAGACUUUUACAUCCAGGUCAACUCUUCUUAGCCAUCAGAGGAUCCACACUGGAGAAAAACCUUUUGAAUGUAAUCAGUGUGGAAAGACUUUCACAUGGAGGUCAAAUCUUGUUAACCAUCAGAGAAUCCACACUGGAGAGAAACCUUUUGAAUGUAAUCAAUGUGGAAAGACUUUCACAUGGAGGUCCCAUGUUGUUCACCAUCAGAGAAUCCACACUGGAGAGAAACCUUUUGAAUGUAAUCAAUGUGGAGAGACUUUCACAUGGAGGUCAAAUCUUGUUAAACAUCAGAGAGUCCACACUGGAGAGAAACCUUUUGAAUGUAAUCAAUGUGGAAAGACUUUCCCAUGGAGGUCACGUCUUAUUAACCAUCAGAGAAUCCACACUGGAGAGAAACCUUUUGAAUGUAAUCAAUGUGGAGAGACUUUCACAUGGAGGUCAGAUCUUGUUAAACAUCAGAGAAUCCACACUGGAGAGAAACCUUUUGAAUGUAAUCAAUGUGGAGAGACUUUCACAUGGAGCUCAAAUCUUGUUAUACAUCAGAGAACUCACACUGGAGAGAAACCUUUUGAAUGUAAUCAAUGUGGAAAGACUUUCACAUGGAGGUCAAAUCUUAUUAUCCAUCAGAGAGUCCACACUGGAGAGAAACCUUUUGAAUGCAAUCAAUGUGGAAAGACUUUCCCAUGGAAGUCAAAUCUUGUUAACCAUCAGAGAAUCCACAGUGGAGAGAAACCUUUUGAAUGUAAUCACUGUGGAAGGACUUUCACAUGGAGGUCAAAUCUUGUUAAACAUCAGAGAAUCCACAGUGGAGAGAAACCUUUUGAAUGUAAUCAAUGUGGAAAGACUUUCCCAUGGAGAUCAGAUCUUGUUAUCCAUCAGAGAAUCCACACUGGAGAGAAACCUUUUGAAUGUAAUCAAUGUGGAGAGACUUUCACAUUGAGGUCACAUCUUGUUAUCCAUCAGAGAAUCCACACUGGAGAGAAACCUUUUGAAUGUAAUCAAUGUGGAAAGACUUUCAUAUCGAGGUCACAUCUUGUUAUCCAUCAGAGAACACACACUAAAGAGAAACCUUUUGAAUGUAAUCAGUGUGGAAAGACUUUCACAAGGAGGUCACGUCUUGUUAACCAUCAGAGAAUCCACACUGGAGAGAAACUUUUUGAAUGUAAUCAAUGUGGAAAGCCUUUCACAUCCAGGUCAAUUCUUCUUAACCAUCAGAGAAUCCACACUGGAGAGAAACCUUUUGAAUGUAAUCAAUGUGGAAAGACUUUCACAUGGAGAUCAAAUCUUGUUAAACAUCAGAGAAUUCACACUGGAGAGAAACCUUUUGAAUGUAAUCAAUGUGGAAAGACUUUCCCAUGGAGGUCACGUCUUAUUAACCAUCAGAGAAUCCACAAUGGAGAGAAACCUUUUGGAUGUAAUCAAUGUAGAAAGAGUUUCCCAUUGAGAUCAGUUCUUGUUACUCAUCAGAGAUUCCACACUGGAGAGAAACCUUAUAAAUGUAGUCACUGUGGUAAAGCCUUCAUUGUAAAGUCAGCCCUUGUUUCUCAUCAGAGAAUUCAUAGGAAAUAGGAGUCUUAUAUAACUGACAUCAAUGAGUCAUGGUCUUGAAAUGGAGUACAGAGCUUCUUUGACCACACAAAAUUCACUCUGGUUCUAAGACAUCUAUGAACUCAGUGUGAGAAGCCUUUCAGUCAGAGAUCAUCUCUUAUAUACUCAUUAGAGGAUUCACACUACAAAGAAGCCUUAUUCAUGUGCUCAUCUGGGAUAUGCUUUUUUCUGGAACAUUGAGAUUUCUGGUAAAGGUCGAGUUUUUUGCCUGAUUGUAAAGGAAAGUUGAAAUAAAAGAAAAUAAUGCAUGCCAACACUCCCGUUUACAAAAAAAAUAAACAAAAAAGGAGACAGUAGGGUCAUGAACUGCAGGAUUGUGUGAAAGAAGACAUCUGGAUGUUCUCAGAAAUAGAAUGUCUUCAGAAUGAGGAAAAGGAUUUGAGUCAGUAUUAUGUCAACUGGGGAACAAUGUUUGGUGAAGGGAAGACAGCAUGAUUUGACCAAGGGUAUAAAAAUUGAGGUAAUUUGGGGGAAUUUUGUGGUCUCCCACAGGCCACUUGUAUAUAUGGCCUACAAUACAUGUAUGUAUCAGCCUACAUUAAGGCUAAGAGUCUCGGGGGCAGCUAGAUGGUGCAGUGAUAGAGCACUGGCCCUGGAUUCAGGAGUACCUGAGUUCAAAUCCAGCCUCAGACACUUGACACUAGCUGUGUGAC